AGCCGGCCGGUCGCCGCCGUCCGCUCUGGUCGUUGCGGGGCGGCGGCGCGGGGCGGCGGGCUCAGCCCUGCCCGGCCGGCGCGUGGCGGGCAGCGGGCGGCGGGCGUCGCCGGGGCCAGGCGGCCGCGCCAUUGUGGGGGAGGGGGCGCGGCGAGGCGCGGGCGGCCCAUGGGCAACACGCUGACCUGUUGCGUGUCCCCCAAUGCCAGCCCCAAGCCGGGCCGGCGCGCGGGGCCGGCGGCGCGGGACUGCGGGCCCGAGGGCUACGAGGCGGCGGCCGGGGACGCGGCGGCGGUGGCGGCGGCGCCCGCUGCGGUGGAGCCGGGCGAGGCGGACCUCGGGGCGGGCGAGGGCCACCACCUGCAGCACAUCAGCGACCGCGAGAUGCCCGAAGACUUAGCUUUGGAAUCAAACCCUUCUGACCAUCCAAGGGCAAGCACAAUUUUCCUGAGCAAAUCUCAAACAGAUGUGCGAGAAAAGAGGAAGAGCAGCCAUGUAAACCAUGUAUCUCCAGGGCAGCUUACUAAAAAGUAUAGCUCAUGCUCAACAAUAUUUCUAGAUGACAGCACAGUCAGCCAGCCUAAUCUUAGAACCACAAUAAAAUGUGUGACCUUAGCAAUAUAUUACCACAUAAAGAACAGAGAUGCAAAUCGAUCCUUGGAUAUUUUUGAUGAGAGAUCACAUCCACUCACACGAGAAAAGAUUCCAGAGGAGUACUUCGAGCAUGAUCCUGAACACAAAUUUAUUUACAGAUUUGUUCGUACUCUUUUUAGUGCCGCACAGCUAACAGCUGAAUGUGCAAUAGUAACUUUGGUUUACUUAGAAAGGCUUUUAACUUAUGCUGAGAUCGACAUUUGUCCCACUAACUGGAAAAGAAUUGUUUUGGGAGCCAUUCUUCUUGCCUCCAAGGUUUGGGACGAUCAGGCUGUAUGGAAUGUGGACUACUGCCAGAUCCUCAAGGACAUUACAGUUGAGGACAUGAAUGAGAUGGAAAGGCAUUUUUUGGAGCUACUUCAGUUUAAUAUUAAUGUUCCUACCAGUGUUUAUGCCAAAUACUACUUUGACCUUCGCUCCUUAGCAGAUGAAAACAACCUGAAUUUUCUGUUUGCUCCUCUGAGCACAGAAAGAGCACGGAACCUGGAGGCCAUUUCCAGAUUGUGUGAAGACAAAUACAAAGACUUGUGUAGAGCUGCUAUGAGAAGGUCUUUCAGUGCUGAUAAUUUUGUUGGUAUUCAGCGCUCUAAUGCCAUCCUUUCUUAAGGGAGGAACUAGAGUUUGUAACAUCAUGAACCCCUCAUCUACAAGGACUGGAGACAUAUCAUCUCUCCUGCUCAAAAACCAGCAAAGUUAGUAUCUUCACCUAAAAGAAAGACAUCAAAUUCAAGAGACUUGUGGACAGCAAGGAUUAUGCUCAUAGGAAAGAAUGGGACCGUGUCAAUGCAACACACUCUUCUGUCCUUUUUAAUGUAAACAGUUACAAAAACCACUCCAAAGCAAAAGCUACCAGCCCACACACAGACAUGUGCUUACUGUGUAGGCUGAUCGCUGUGAACUAGGUGAGGUUUUUUAAUUAAUAGUUUAAAUUUUUAGACUUUAAAGACACUAACUAUAUAACUUUUAUGUUUUUCUAUUUUUCUUGCCCCCCCUCCCCCAUAUCGCUGCAUAUUCCUUUUAGAAUCAAUGCAGUAUUACCAUUGAAACAUGGGACUCCUAACACCUCGUAAAGCCACUUAGGAACAGACGGGAUGGCCUUGUUAGGUAUUGAAGGUUCUUCCUCCCUACUGUGUCGUUGAAGCUGCUAGUCAUUAUUGGCAAUCAAUUUAAACCAAAACGCUGCUGAAUAACACUUGUCAAAUUCUUUGCAAGCACUACUUAUUAGCAUUUUAGCAUGUUUGGGAUCAUAAACAGAGAAAGUAUCAGUUAUUAUCUACUUCUAUUGGGGCCAUGCUGCAUUUCUUGUGAACUAUAAUGGUGCUUCUCAUUUUCUGAUGAUUUUCCUCUUUGUUAAAUAAAUAUAUUAAAAGAUCUUUUCAUAAUUCCAACCAACAUGGUGGUCCAGUGAUAACAAGCAGGUAGUGAAAUAGAAGAUGUCCCGAAAGUCUGAGUGCAAUUUUAAGCUUUACUAUAGCGUGCUUGGGCCCUCCAGCGCACUGCUGCAGAGGUAUAAAUGCUACAGACUUACGAAACAGCAUAUGAAAGUUUAAUUGAAUUUCUUUUCAACUUACUUAGUUUUGUAAAUUUUAAAUAUUAAGCUUUUAAGUUUUUGUUUCAGUCUCUUGAAGUUGGCAAACAUUGCCUGAAGCAAAAUUAAAAUUCAAGGUUUAAUAUUUAAAAUUUACAAAACUAAAUAGGUUUAAAAGAAAUUCAAUUAAACUUUCAAAUGAUGUUUCGUAAGUUUGUAGCAUUUAUACCUCUGCAAGUAUCAAAGCUUAAAACUGCACUAGGACUGUAGAGAUACCCAGUAUCUUCCUGUGCCCUCCUCUUUUAAACAGGGCUUGUGCUGUUUUCCUGCUUUGAUCACCUAAAUUUCUUCUUUCUAGAUUUGGGAAAGGAAGAUUAUGAAGAGCAGUGUUAAUUCACAUGUAAUAAGUUGGACAGAACUGGACCCUAAUAGUAGUGAUAUGAAAGUAGAUGAUGGGAAACAGCUUUUCCAUUUUCCAUGUUAACCUGGCUGUAGCUGUCCCAUCUCAAGUCCUGCUAUUUAAGAGGAAACUUACAAACCAUAGGAACCCUUACCUCAGGCUUUAAAGGGCAGGGAGUGAAGUAAUCAAUCUUUUAGGAGAUUGGUAAAAUGUCACCUAAACUUGAAAUACUGAAAAAAGAUUAGUGUUCUCAACCUGUGAAAUCUUUCUCCUACCUUCUCAAAUGUAAUCCUAGGAACUGCCUAUAAACAAAGCACUUCUGGGCCAGGAACACCCUCUCUCAAUAUAGCAAGGCUUCACAUUAUAUUGAGUUCUGCAGGUUCCAUCAUUUUUAAAGGACAGAGAGAUAAAUGGUAAAUAAUGGGAUAUAAAAUAUUACAAUCUACCACCUCAAAAACAUUGUUUAUGGAGUUUGGAGCUUGGAGAUUCAAGUAUUGAUUGCAGUUUUAUUUUGAAAAGAAGGCUACAACUUAAUGUGGGUUUUCCUUCUCAUGUUUAUAUUAAAAGCUAAUAAACUCUAUUUUAAUUAAAAUAUG